CACUCUAUCUGACACCGUCUGUGUACUCCGGAGCGGCACAGGCAUUCGCAGUAUUCACAUCUUCAGCGAUAACACAGAAGAUAAAGCAGUCUGAAAUGUUGGGAGCAAAAAUGUCAGGAACCUCCGGUCCUGAACCCACAGCCACUGAGAGUCAAACCUUCCUGGACUCUGAGUUUCGUUACAUCCUCCUCCCAGUUGUCUACGGCAUCGUCGUCUUCCUGGGUUUCUUUGCAAACGUCUAUGUGCUGUUUGUCCUGCGCUGCCUUCGUAGCGCCAAGGCCAUGGGAGAAAUCCGCAUCUAUAUGACCAACUUGACCAUCGCUGACCUCCUUUUUGUGUCGGCUCUUCCCUUCUGGGUAGGGUACUAUAGUCGUCACGGUAACUGGGUCUACGGCGACUUCAUGUGCCGGCUGACGGGGUCGUUUUUCUUCAUCAACACCUACUGUUCCGUCCUCUUCCUCGGUGCCAUCAGUGUCAACCGGUACUGGGCGGUCACCCGGCCUCUGGACGCGGCCUCGUCAGACCACAGGCGCCGUGGGAUCAUUGUGUGUGUCGUCAUCUGGGCGAUGACCGGCUCCAUGGCCAUUCCAUUUUUGACAUCUCCAGGGAUCAACACCGACGCGAACAACGUCACUCGGUGUUUUGAGGGCUACCAAAACGUGACCGAGGAGAAAAAGAAAGUGAUCGCAGCCGUUCAUUUCGCAAUUAUCGGGAUGUUUUCCCUUGUCUUUUUUCUUGUUGUGGUGUGCAAUUUCCUCAUCGCUCGCGCUUUACUUGCUCAAAACACUCCUCAGCCAGAAGUCCCAUCUGGGACACUCAUGGCCAGAAAGUCCAAAAGGCCCAAAGGGAUGAAAAGGAGGGCCCUGCAGAUGUUGCUGGCUGUGGUGGGCGUGUUUGCUCUGUGCUUCCUGCCCCACCACGCCGUCCAAGGCCCCUGGACUCUGGCCGUGUUGCAGAUCAAACAGGGCUGGGGCCACGUGGGCUGGGACCAGAGCACUCUUCAGGCACUCAACGAUGCUCAUCAGGUCACCUUGCUGCUCAUGGGCCUCAAUUGCAUCUUGGAUCCGGUAGUUUACUUUUUUGCCACAAAGAAGUUCAGAAGGUUCAUCAUGGCCCACAUCAAACGCAUGGGAAAGGGAGAAGGAUGCUCACACACAACCAGCUCACAGAUUUCUAUGGACAGCAGGAAUAAUCAAAGCCAGAGACUUCAUCAACAACCUGAAGAGAAGUGACUCAAACAUUUUUUAUCAGCUGCGUAAAAUACUGUAUUAGAUAUUUGUCACUUGGGACAGCUGCCGUGUCUGUGUGGGGUCUCCACCUCCUGCUUCUCCAGCGCCUCACAGUCAUGAUGCUAUUGUGUCACCAGAGUUCUGACACCACACCCUUUAAUGUCAUUUUCUUGAUGUUUGAAACACUGCAUAUUGUUGGAGCUGAUGUCUGGAUUGCACCAGGCUGUUCUUCCUGUCUUAAAUUGAAGCUGAAAAAGCGGAAGUUUUGCAAGCAGAAGUUCACGCAGAUGAGACUUUAUGAGGCCACAUUGUGCACUGAAUGGGGCGUUUAAAACAACAACAACAAAGAAGUCAAUAAUAGGGUGUAUCUUCUUACAUGAUUAUUCAUACCCAACAGCUGCACAGUUAGUCGUGUCACACCAGUAAAAUAUGUAAGAAUAUUAGGACUCCCAUUAGAGAAGUUGGUUUUGCCUGGACUCGUCUCGCCCGGCGUUGUGAAACCAGGGAACAGAAGUAAUAAUGACCUCUGGCAUCCACUAUUGUGACAUUGCGUUCAUUGUUUCGUAUGAUAAACAAAAAAAAAUUCCAUGACUGAUCGUGAAGAAGGCUGUGAAAGUCUGUAUAUCUGCUUAAAUGUGCUGUAUGUGUGCUGUGAACGAGAUGUUUUAAUUUAAGUGUGUGCUCAGGGUUCAAUUGAUCUUUCAAAAGAAAAGUAUGCUCAUAUUCAUACUUGUAUAAUAUGUUUUUUAAAAAAUAUAUAAUUUUAGAUGUGGA